AUGACAGUCUCAAAACUCCCCACCGCCAGCGCCCCUGCCCCCGGCGUCCCCUUCUACACACCCGCCCAAGACCCCCCAGCCGGCACCGCCCUCAUGAAUGAUGCCACCCCCGUCCCAACCGUCUUCACCCCCCUCACCAUCCGCGGCCUCACCCUCCAAAACCGCUUCGCCGUCUCCCCCAUGUGCAUGUACUCGGCCUCCAACGGCCACCUGACCGACUUCCACCUUGUCCACCUGGGGCAGUACGCCCUCCACGGCACCCCCCUCACCAUCAUCGAAGCCACCGCCGUGACCCCCAACGGCCGCAUCUCCCCGGAAGACUCGGGCCUCUGGCAAGACUCCCAGAUUGCCCCCAUCAAGCGCGUGACAGAUUUCAUCCACUCCCAGGGACAAAAAGUAGGGAUCCAACUCGCCCACGCCGGGCGCAAAGCGUCUACCUUGGCCCCGUGGCAUUAUCGCACCCUAGGGAAGGAGGUGGCUACCGAAGAACUGGGCGGAUGGCCGGAUAAUCUUUGGGCUCCCAGCCCCAUCCCCUGGGCGGAGGGGUUCCCCACGCCAAAGGAGAUGACGUUGGAGCAAAUCAGGGGGUUUGUUCGGAGCUGGAAGGACGCUGCUAGGCGGGCGGUGGAGGCCGGUGUUGACCUCAUUGAGAUUCAUGGUGCUCACGGAUACCUCCUCACUGAAUUCUUGUCCCCAAUCACAAAUUACGGCGGCCUCCCCUUUGAGAACCGCGUCCGUCUCUUGGUGGAGAUCAUCACCGCCGUCCGCUCCGUCAUCCCAGAAUCCAUGCCCCUCUUCCUUCGCAUCUCAGCGACGGAGUGGAUGUCCCACCUUGGCCAACCUUCCCUCGACCUUGGCGAAUCCAAAAAGAUUGCCUCCCUCGUUGCUGACCUGGGCGUUGAUCUGUUGGAUGUUUCCUCUGGCGGCAACAACCCUGCCCAGAAGAUUGAAGUGCACCCGUACUAUCAAGUUGAUUUGGCGAGCGAGAUUAGGGAGCAUCUCAGGAAAGAGGGCAAGAAGAUGCUCAUCGGAGCGGUGGGCAUGAUUACCAACGCCGAAAUGGCCAAGGAUGUGGUGGAGAGUGAUGGGACGGUAGAGGUGGAUGGUGAACACGGGACCAAGGCCAAGGCGGAUUUGGUGCUGGUUGCGAGGCAGUAUUUGAGGGAGCCAGAGUUUGUGCCCAAGGUGGCGAGCGAGCUUGGGGUGGGGGUUAGGUUGCCGUUGCAGUAUUCUAGGGCGCCUUUUCCCAAGAAGAAGAAGGUGGAGCAGGGGAAGUUGUGA